UCUCUGAGUAAAACCUCUUUCGGCAAGUCUUCAUAUCCAAACCCAAGCUCUAACCUCUAUUCUCUACUUCCAAGACACUAAUUUGAGCAUCAGGAUCCGGUUUUAAGAGCAAACUCACCUGUAAAAAUCAGUUCUUUCUUCCCAUGAAUUCUGUUUCCGUAGGUUCCUUCCACCCCAUAACCCCACCACUAUGCAAAUUCCACCAAAACCUUCAAUUGAAGCAUCAACGUGUUUAUCUCUGUGGCAGUGCUUUCAAAUUUUCAUCAAAUUCGCUAAAAUCAAAACCCACUAAGCCUAUUUCAACUUUGCUGCAAGCCACUGAGUCAGACACAGAUGCCCCAGUUUCAAUCCCUGAGGGUUCUGCAUCCGUUGUUUACAUUGAAGAAGUUGUUGAAAAGGACUGGUCUAUACUUGAUUCUGUUGAGUCAAAUUCUAAUGUAGAAUUCAAGAGAAGCAUUGAACGUAUUGUAUCUGCUGGGAAUGUUGAAGAGGAUUCAAGGGUCUUAGUCUCAACUGGGUCUGAAGAGUUUGUGGAUACAUUGGUGGGUUUGUGUAAGUCUCUUUUUGUGGUGCACGAUUCACUUCUAAUAUUGGCUCUUAUUAAAGAGAAAUAUGAUAAGGUUAAGUGUUGGCAAGGCGAGAUUGUGUAUGUUCCAGAGAAAUGGGCUCCUCUUGAUGUUGUUUUUCUCUAUUUUCUUCCUGCUUUGCCCUUCAAACUUGAUGAGAUUUUGGGGUCUUUGGCUAAGAAAUGUUCACCUGGUGGACGGGUGAUUAUCAGUCAUCCGCAAGGGAGACUAGUGUUAGAACAGCAACGAAAGCAGUAUCCGGAAGUUGUAGUUUCAGAGCUACCUGAUAGGACAAGUUUACAAAUUGUUGCGGAUGCCCAUUCUUUUGAUUUGGCUGAAUUUGUAGAUGAACCUGGCUUUUAUUUGGCUGUUCUAAUUGCCCAGGAGCUUAAAAACUAGAGUAGAGAUUCAUAGCAGUAGACAAUUUAGUUGGACUUUCUUUUUUAUGGUUUUUGGCUUUAUGAUUGUUACCUUUGAAUUUUUGGAUGAAAAGUGAAACUAUAGAUCAAUUCAAUGUUGCUGGUACAAGAGGCUUCUCUUUCUUUUCUAAAAUACAUUGUCCAUAAUUUUGGAAUUGUAUACUAA